UAUGUCGUGAAUCACCCAUCCAGACGUUUAGUUGUGUCAAAAACUCUUUUAAUUAGUGACCAAAGCACGAGUCCUUCAUCUUUCUGAACGCUUCAGCAAUAAAUUCGAUAAUAUUAAUCUGCAAUUAAUCGCCAUGACACCAAAAGCAGCCUUCAACAGACCGUGUUCGAAAAACCAGUUAUAUGGUGCAAAUAGUGAUGAUCAACAUGGUUUCUCUUGAAAUCGUGCUCUAAUUUUCGCAAAACUUGACUCAGUUCUAGUGUAAAUCUUGUAAAUAAAAUGUCGGUAGUUGUAGAGUUGUAACACGAAAUGGAGUCCUUCAGGAAGUGGUUUUACAGACCCAAGAGAGAUGACAAAUCUUUGUUGGCACAAUUCUUCUUCGCCGACGAAGCCUUGAACAUCAUCGCCAGCGAGCUGGACAGCUUCGACGGCCGCAAGGACCCUGGAAGGUGCACCACGCUGGUCAACCAGCUGAGGCAGUCCCAAGACAAGGUCCUCACCAUCACCAACGCCAUCAUGGACGUGCUGAUCGGGGACGAAAGAGCCAACAGGGACUUUAGAGUCAAAUUUCCUGAAGACGUUCUGCAGGAAAACCUCGCCGGACAAUUGUGGUUUGGAGCAGAGUGCCUCGCCGCCGGCUCGUCAAUAAUGAACAAAGAAGCCGAAAGCACCGCCAUGCGCCCCCUCGCCAAAGCCGUAACCAAGAGCCUCGAGACCGUUCGCAACCUCCUCCGCGACACCUGCCUCCGCAACAACACCCCCAACGGCCCCAUCAAGCUCGACAGCAACGAGCUCGUCACCGAGAUGCUUCUCGAAAGCCUCAAGAUCUUCGACAAGCUCUUCGCCGAGUUCGAACUGGCGUACGUCAGCGCCAUGGUGCCCGUCAAGUCCAUGCAGGAGUACGAGCUGCAGGAACUCAUCGGCGUGCUUUUCUCCGAGACGCUGCAGCGCGCCCUCAAGAUGAAACUCCUCACCCAGGAGAUGGUAGACGACUGUGAUCCGGCUCUAAUGUUCACCAUACCGCGACUAGCUAUAGUAAGUGGCCUUCUGAUCUUCCCGAGCGGUCCGUUGUGCAUCGACAAGCCCAUGGAGGAAAUGAGCAACAUGUUUCGGCCGUUUAGGACUUUGUUGCAUAAGAUAAGGGAGCUGUUGUGGACUUUGAACAAGAGGGAGUUGUACAUGUUGGAGAAGUUGUUGUGCGAUAACGAGCAAAUCGGUGAUGUUAAAUCGGUGGAUGUGGACGUACAUUGUGACUUGGAUGACUUUAUUGAACAGUUUUACGGUGAUUGUCAUAAGGAGGACGCGGUUUAUUCGUCGAAUGAGAGUGUGGAGACGGCAACGGUGGAAGAAAAGACGUUCGAUCAUUAUGAGCCCGUUUCGGCGACUGUGGAUGUACCUUCAACCUCCGGAUACUUGAUCCCUAAUAGCAUAGCCCAUGAUAUAAUCGUAGCUUCGAUUGCUGACGCCCCGCAGAGUUCCGAUAGGGUGGACUCUCCACCGGAUCACGAUUCUCUAGAAGUUAUUUCUGUAGCGGCGGCCACUUUAUCCUCGAUUUUGACUGAAGAAAGAGACAAUAGUGCGAAGAACUCGCCCAAGAAUAAACCGAAGACGGACUUGGAGUCUCCCAACGAUUCGGGGAUUUGUACAGAGAACACGAGUCUGGAUAGGUCGCCCAGUUUGGAUUGUCAGUGCGCUGGAAAUGCGGCGUCUGUGGGUUGCAAGUGUGGUACUAGGGUAAGGAAUUCGCCGAGGCAUCACGUCAAAGGAAAGAAAAGUGGGGAGUACUCGCCCGGUACUAGCAAAUUGUUGCCGAAAAGUACGCUACCGCUGAGGAAGAGAAGCAAAAUUCCGAAACAGGUGGAAGGGCUGAUUGAUGAAGACUCGUCGAGCGUGGGCAGUUCGGACACGUCGUCGUUUAAUAGUAAUUGUGCGGACGAUGAGGAGAUCGCUCUGGCUAUGCAGGCGGCGCAGAUUGCUAGUCGGAAUGAAGUGCGAGCAAAGUAUAGAUCCAGCGAAGACCUCAUCCACCGCCUGUUCGUCUGCAUCGCCGGAGUGGCCGACCAGCUCCAGACAAACUUCGCCAGCGACCUGCGCAACAUCCUCAAGUCCGUAUUCCUGAUGAACACAUCCGACUCCAACGAAACCAGCAAAAACGUGGAAACUACCUCUCUAGAAGCAUCCUUAGAAUAUCGCCCAUCCGAAGACGACGUUAUCGAAAACAACGAAUUCUCGGUAGAUCCCAACAUCCUAGCCCAAGAAGCCCUCUUCGACACCAACGUCUACUUCCACCUAGAUUCCGAGAACGACACCGAAGACGAUUACUCCAACCACCCCCGGCACAACCAAGAGGAAGACCGCAGCAUAUCGUCGGACCUCGACCGGUACGCGUCCCUGCGCGAAGACCUGGCCAACCUGCACGUGAACGGCGAAAGCCAGGCCCACGCCGUGGAGAGGCCCCCCAUCUGGAUCCCGGACGUGGAGGCCCCCAAGUGCAUGAGUUGCGGCGUCAACUUCACGGUGGUGAAGCGGCGCCACCACUGCAGGAACUGCGGCAAGGUCUUCUGCGCCAGAUGCUCGUCGAACAGUGUUCCUUUGCCAAAAUUCGGACACCACAAGCCGGUCAGAGUGUGCAACAGGUGUUUCAUCUACAACCUGACGCCCUUUACUAUGUGAAUCCGUGUACUUAAAUUUUAUGAUUUAACGAGGCUUGUAUAGAGAGUACUUGAUAUUUUUAUGAUUAGGAGAUUUUAGCAGACGAGGGGUUAAAUCGGUAAGCUUCGUCGCUUCUAAUGCCGGUUUAAGUCAAGUUUCAAUUUUUGCCUUAUACUUGUAGGCUUAGGAGUUCGGCGGUACGCCGCAUUUCGCAUUUCUGAAUGUUCAACGACACGGUUUACUUAAAUUUUAUCUAAGUUACGAGAGGAGUUUGGAGUUAUGACUUAUCGAGUUGUGGUUUUAUUUUUAAGGAUGUGAGAUUAUUGGUUAGCGUCUUUAGUAAGUACAAAAAUUAAAAUAAAGUCUCAAUUUUUAAUUUAUUGUACUGAAAUAUUUUGUGAUAAAGUGUACAUUUUAUUUAUAAAUGGUUUGGGGAUUAUCCAUAUCUCUAAUAAAGAUUAUUUUCAACUGA